AUGUCUGAGAAGUUGGGCAUGGAAAUGGCAGACAAGAUGAGGAAGAGCUUCUCAAUAAAGUCAUCAGUGAAAUUACUCAGGCAAUCAAAGAGUCAGAACAAAACUCAAAGAGAUUUUCAAAACAAAAUAGAUAGUCUUCAAACCAAACCACAGGACAUGCUGUUCAAUCGAGUGUGGGGCUGUGGGAAACAGUGUCCAUUCUGUAAAGCACCAUGUGAGGCUGGAGGAGAAGUCCACGCUAAACACUUUCUCUCAGUCCACAGACCAGAAGGUCUCGGGCGCUACAGAUUUGAUAAUUCUAAAAAACUAGUGACAGACAUCUGUACAUCAUUGGUGCACAGUGACAUAAGCUUCAAGUGCCGUGACACUAAAGAUCAGUGGCAUAAAUAUAAGGAAUACAGCCAAAUCUAUCCAGACUGGCAAAUUGAUCCAGACCGCAGCAUAGAGGCCUCAGCAUACUGGAAAUAUGUGAUGGCAGAAUUCAAUGAGCAGUUUGCUGAGGAGUAUGAUGCAAAGCCUGCAGAUAUACCUCCAUACUGGAAAAACAUGAAGACCCAAGCAGAGGAAAGCCUAAAGUAAACAUCAACUAACUAGUGUCUGUCUGGCUUCUGUUUAAAUUAGUUUGGUACACAAAGGUAAGAGAACUUUAAAAUAUAAUGGUAUCCUUGAAAUACGUUUCAACUGUAACAAUAGAAGAGCAAAACCUGCUUUGGUUCAAUACGAUCACAUAUCAUAAAGAACAGUGAAGUGCAUUACACAAAAUUCUUCACAUUUGAAAAGGUAAUAAUUUCAUAAUGACUUCUGAUGUAGACAGACUGCAGCUUGGACUUGCCAUGAAAGAAGCCAUGAAAAAACUAAUCUAAUUUAAGAUUUUUUUUUCCUACAAUAAAAGCAUCAUUCAAAUGUUGUAAUAUACUCUAGGUGAAACAUUAUUAUUACAUCUCUAUAGUCAUGGAUAAUUUUGUUUUAUUGAAAUCCUUAUACUGAAAAUGUUAUUUUGAAAUUUGUUUUUUGUGUGGGUGUAACUUUUGUGAUGCUCAAAAUGUUACGCUCUGAUGUUUUGUCAUGACUGUGUGGUGUUUAUUCACAAGCUAUGUUUUUGAUUUUGAGUUUAAUUUGAAUACAUUUAAUUGUGUCUAUUGUAACUGUAUUGAGAGCUGUUGUUCUGUGUGUUACAUAUACAGGCAUGUUUAAAGAUAUCAAGAAUGUUCUACAAUAUUAUAACCAAAUGUGCAUGAACUAUAGUAGUGGUAUAGAACAUUUUCCCUUUAUUUCAGCAUGUCAUAAAAUGAUUCUUCAAAACUGUCCACUCAACACACUUUAUUUUAAAGUUGAAAAGACAUGUAGUGGCAAAUUGCAUAUGCAUUCAGUCAAAAAAAAAAAAAAAAAAAAAAUUAAAUAAAAUUCAACAUAAUACAAACUACUGCAGCAUUCGGAUUGUUAUGCUAAUACAUAAUAUCAAUUUAUGCUGUAUUCAGUUUGUCACUGCUUCUUUAAUGACAUUUUGUGAAUGAAAGCGAGAGUUGAUCCCCAAAGUUCAGCCAAAACUCACCCACUGACCCAUUGAGAGAAUUGGGUCUCUCUGUUCUACUAUCCCUCUCCUUCACCUUCAGGGAGAUCAGAUGUGUGAUAGUGACACAAAUAUGUGAUUAUGUAGCAUUCUGUGCAACAACCUGUUAUAGCCUAAUAUAAAUAAAAUGACAUAUUAAUC